AUGGGGGAAUUGCAUCCCGGAAGGGUUUUCGGUUUUGUUCCCCUGCUGGUGGUGCUGUUGCUCGGGGCGGCGGGCUGGGAGGUAGGAGAAGCAGGGGGGGAGUUGAUGAUGGGGCAGGUGGAGCGGCAGCUCUCUGCAGGGUUGUUGGAGUGUGGAGGUGAUUCGAAGGGCGCCGGGUGCUUUUCCGAUGAGGAGGAGUUCGCGCUGGACUCUGAAACCAACCGAAUGCUGCAGAGCGGUGCCGCGUACCUCAGCAAUCUGCUGCUGAAAAAGGAUGGUGUGCCAUGCCGGAUCCCUGGUCGUUCUUACACCAGCUGCGGAUCCCCAGCCAGGUCUGUCUACAAAUAUAAUCGCUGCUCUGGCACCUGCCUUCGUUUUAACAUAUAG